AUGGAAGAGUUCUUUCAAGUUCACACUUCACAAGCCAAUAAUGGAGAAAUUUUAUGGUUUGAAAAUGAAGCUUUUUUGGUAAAUCAAAGUGCUUUUGUGAGUUUUAGAAACAAACCCAUUGAAGGAUUUGGAGUUUCUGGCUAUGGAAAUGUAUCGGCGAAUCAUCGGAACAUGAACAAGAGGAUGAUGGAGUUCUUGAAAAAGAGUUGGAUUCCUAAAGUUGGAGAAGUGAAAAUGGAAAAAGAGAAAGUGCAUAAACAUAUGAUUAAAGAGAGGAUUAGAAGAGAAAAGCAAAAGCAAAGUUAUUUGGCUUUGCAUAAAUUGCUCCCUAUGGGAACCAAGGGUGAGAAGAAUGCUAUAGUCCAAACAGCAGUAAUGAGAAUUCAAGAGCUGCAAAAAUACAAGGAAAGUUUAAAGAAGAGAAAUGAUGAACUUCAGAUGAUUUUAGCAGAGGGUGAAAAGGAAGAAUUUGAGAAGGCUAAAAUCAAAGUAAAAGUUAAUUAUCCAAUUUCUGGGGUAGAUUCAAUGCUAGAGGUUCUCAAGUGUUUGAAGAAUUGUGGAACCAAAGCAAAUGCCAUGCAAUCAAGUUUUUCUCAGCAAGAAUUCUCCUCCAUGCUAGAAAUAGAAACUAAGAUUGGAGCAGCAGAGGUGGAAAAAACAGUGCAAAAUACUCUAUUUGAAACUGAAAGGAACUUUCGCGCACACCAGUUGCCAAUGACUUGGUAACUUCAGCCACAGAUUGAUGCAACUUGUGAUGUGAAAGAAAAUUUUGAUGUCUAAGGUUGACUAGUUCAUAUAUAUAUAUAUACAAACAAAAACUUGUGAUCUGGAAAAAGCACCUUCGUCUCUUCUUCCUUUCUUUUACCUUUCAAUCUUCUUGUCUAUUGUAUAUCAAUUCAUUGAUUACAGACUUUAACAGAGAAAGUUAGAGAUAUUUGUAACUAUAAAAAUUUCUCAUUAAGGAUAACAUAUAUACAGUCAGACCUCGCUAUAUAACAACAAUUCAAUAUGUUAUAA